UUUAGUAAAAAGAAAUAUUUAAAAUGCCACCAAAGAAAAAUGCAAGUAAAAAGACACAAGAAAAGGUUAAACAAAAGAUAGUGGAGGAUAAAACAUUUGGGUUAAAAAACAAAAAGGGUAAAAAGCAACAAACUUAUAUCAAAACAGUGACACAGCAGGUUCAAGGAAACCAAAAGAAAAAAGAAGAAGCAACGGGGGCACACAAGCUAAGCAAACGAGAAAUUGAGAAACAAAAGCUGGAAGAACUGAACGCCCUUUUCAAACCAGUUCAGCAAGCACAAAAAGUUGCAGCAGGGGUGGAUCCAAAAUCUGUUUUAUGCACAUAUUUUAAAAAUGGAACCUGUCAAAAAGGCAACAAAUGCAAAUUUUCACAUGAUCUUUCCAUUGAACGAAAAUCCGAAAAACGAAGCAUGUAUGAUGACGAAAGAGAUGAGAAAAAAGAAACAAUGGAUGAUUGGGAUCAGGAUACGCUAGAAGAGGUUAUCAAGAAAAAGCAUGGUGCUUCCAAUACUAUUAAAACGGAAAUUGUAUGUAAGUUUUUCUUGGACGCCAUCGAAAAAUCGCUAUAUGGUUGGUUUUGGAGUUGUCCAAAUGGUGAGAAAUGUAUAUAUCGACAUGCUCUCCCUCCAGGAUUUGUUUUGAACAAAGACAAAAAGAAGCAGGAAGACGACGAAGAAAAGGUAUCGCUUGAGGAACAUAUUGAAAAUGAGAGAAAUCAACUAACUGGCGAAUUGACACCUGUGACCAUACAAACCUUUUUAGCUUGGAAAAAACGAAAGGUAGAGGAGAAGAAGGAGAAGUUGAAGAAGGAGAUGAGUCAGAAGAAAGAAGCCUUUAAAUCAGGAAAAUCCAUGUUAAAAAUUAGCGGUAAAGAAGUGUUUUUAUUCAAACCUGAACUUGCUGAUGCUGAUGAUGAUGAGGCGGAUGACGAUUACAGCUUGUACAUAAGAGAAGAAAACAGAGAAGCUGAAGAUGCUUGUUGUGUUGAUAUCGACUUAGAGCAAUUUGCGUUAACGAAUGCAACUGCAGAUGACACGAAAUUAACACGCGUGUCUACCUUAGUUGCGCGGGAUCGAGAAACUGCGCAUGCUCCAACUUCAACGUCGUAUGAACACGAAUACACGGAAAAUGAUACGUCGUACGCUGACGGAAAUGGUAUAUCGGUUGCCGGCGGAAUAACAACAAUAGGGAAUGAAAAUCCACCUAAUGACGUUGUCGUUGACGAAAGUUUAUUUGAAGACUUAGAUGAGCUUGAACUUGAAGAUGAUUAGGGGACGUAAAGCAUUUUUAUAAAUUCUGAAAUGUAGAAAUUAUUCUCUUAUAUAGUUAUGUGUUUA